AGGGAAAACUAAACAAAAAGAAAACCUGACUAAAAAAAGGGGGAAAUUCACUAGUUCCUCUUCUAAAAUUCUCUAAAAAUCGUGCUGAGUUCUUUAAAAAAUCUUGAAGUCAUCAAGAAUCAGAUCUGGUUUGUUAAAUUCAUCAGAAUUCAUUGAAUAUUUACUCGAGCUACAGUAUCGUCUGAAAAAGCAAUGUAUGACAAUUUGGGAGGUCAAGGCGGGGGACCAAGACCACCACUAAACCCUCAGCCUAAUCCAUUUGAUAGUGCAACUUAUGGAGCUGGCUCAAAGUUCAUCAGAGCUGGACUAGGUGCAUAUGGAGAGAAAAUAUUUGGAUCAAGCUCCGAGUACGUGCAGAGCAAUAUAAGCCGGUACUUCUCUGAUCCUCAGUACUAUUUCCAAGUGAAUGACCAGUAUGUAAGGAACAAGCUGAAAGUUGUACUGUUUCCCUUCUUACAUCGGGGACAUUGGACGAGGAUAACUGAGCCAGUGGGGGGAAGACUGUCAUAUAAACCUCCAGUAUACGAUAUAAAUGCUCCAGAUUUAUACAUCCCUUUGAUGGCUUUUGGUACCUACGUUGUGCUUGCUGGCUUCUUGCUGGGUCUUUCUGGAAAGUUCAGUCCAGAAGCUCUAAGUCUGCAGUUCACAAAGGGAAUGGUUGGUUGGUUUUUGCAAGUCCUGUUGCUUAAAGCUUCAUUGUAUUCGUUAGGGAGUGGGGAGGCUCCAUUGCUGGACAUUGUGGCAUACGCUGGAUAUGCAUUUACGGGGAUGUGUGUUGCGGUUCUUGGGAGGCUUGUGUGGAGCUACUCAUACUAUUUCGUGAUGCCUUGGACAUGCUUAUGUAUGGGUGUGUUCUUGGUGAAGACCAUGAAGAGGGUUCUGUUUGCAGAGGUCAGAAGUUACGAUUCCAGCAAGCAUCAUUAUCUCUUGCUUUUCAUGGCCUUAGUUCAGUUUCCAUUGUUCAUCUGGUUAGGCAGUGUUGGAGCUUGAAAUGUUUCCUUUUUGUGGCACUGAUUCGUUGUUCUACAUAAAUUGUCUCUCCUUCACAUGGAAUAGAAUUAAGGGAUGUUAUAAGUCAGAGAAAAUGGUGUUGAAUUUGUAAUAGAGUUAGUACAUUGGAUGUAAUCUAGUUGGUCAGCUAAUUUUGCAGGUGGUUAAACUGAAUGAUCUGCAUUCCACAUCCCUGGUCUUUAUUGUAUUAUUUCUUUGCCAUUCUAUAUUGAUUUUUUUUUUUCAGUAGACAUUUUUUU